AUGUGGGGGUUUAACACGCCUCUGUCUAAUAUAGGAUAUAAGGGUCUUGGUAUAAAAUAUAAACGAAUUAUUGACAGCGAAAAUAUGAAGUGGCUAAUCAUACUAGCCGCGAUAUCGGCAUUGGUGGGGGCGAGACCAGAGAAAUACAAAGAACAAGAAGAUUUUCAGUAUUCAAGAAGUUCAUCGGAUGAUGGCACUAAAUCAGGAUAUUAUGACGCACAGAGAGGUAAUAUGGGCGGCAAUUAUGAACGUGCUCAUAACAUGGAUUCACUUGCUCAACAUCAAAUGAGUGGUCUUGUGAGACAAGUCGAAGGAGAAUUAGGUGACGGUGCCAAGAUGAGGACUGGAAGUGUCUAUAGUGCCGCUAGCUCAAGAGGUAUGUACGGGUCGGGGCAUUUUGAUACAAGCAAUCUUCAGGGCCGCAACUUCCAAGAGGGUGUCUCCUAUGAUAACUCAAAUUUAGGGUCAUCUCACACUGCGCAUUCAUCAUCAGCGCAUAAUAGUGCCAACUAUGCGAGUCGUCAUUCUCAAAGUUAUGGUGGAUAUGGAAGAACAACGAGCGAUACUCAAUCACAGGCUGAAGAUCUUGUGUCAGUGGAUGAUUUACAGACAAGUAAACAACAGAAUUACGGCAGUACAAGACAUAGUUCAGGUUAUCAAUCUCAAGCAGGUCUUCAAGAGCAAAGACAUUACGACAGUGAUAGCACCAAUUCUCACACUGGUUAUGGAUCAAAUAUCUAUACAAGAUAUACACCUGUGAGAAUUGUUGUAACACCAGGUGGGAGGAUAGCGCUACCAGUAACCGUACAAACUUAUGACGCUACACAUGGAUCCUCCAUACUGAAUCAUAAUGCAUUGGACAGCGAAGUCGCAGCAAGUGACAUGAACCAAGGUUCUGUUUACAGACCUGGUAAUACAAAAUAUUACGAAGCAUCUUAUAAAUACAACAAAAAAUGGGAAAAACAUGAUACUGUUCCUACAUCCGUUUCUGUAGUUGCUCCCACCGAAACCCCUGUCUCUAAACACAGUGAGUUAUAUGAAGAUGUUGAUAUUCAUCCAUCGGGUAACCAAAACAAUGCAAGAGAAACUGAUUUUAGAAGCGCACACUUAAGUAGUGCAUCUGGAAGAUACAAUGCAGCUAAAACAACAUCCAGACAAUCUGGAUAUAAUACGAAUUAUAACUCGCAACGGUAUAACGGAGGGUCAUCAAACUCAAAUGCAUACACUCACGCCGGACAUAGAGCACAAGUAGGUCACAGCUCAUCUUCAGAUUCUUUAAAUGCUCAACCUAAUAUUGGAUCAAUAUACAGCGGCAUUUCAACUGAUUCUGCCUUAAAUAAGCAAGCAAGAUAUAACGCAGGGUCUCAGCUAGAUAUGAAUAGUCAGGUUGAGGAUUUAAGUGCAAGGCCUAAAAGUUACCAUUCUUCAUAUUCAUACCAUAAAUCAUGGGAGCGCCAAGGUGAUCCAUAUGUAAUUGAGCCUGUGUCUACUACAAAUUCCAACAGUCAUACAUCACAAAGAUUAACGUCAUCAACCAAAAAUCUUGGAUUUACUACUUACCAACCCAGUUCUCAAUACAGUCAAAGGAAUUGUGAAGAUAAUUGCCACAUGCGCGUUACUCGUUCUCAAGGUACAGAUAACCAACAUAUGGAACAACAGAGUCAAAGCUUGUAUGACGAUCAAGAUUUGGGCCAACAAGUCCAAGGAACUUGGAAAAAUUUUGAAGACUUAGGCCAGUUAUCACAAAAAGAUUGGGGUCAGCAAACAGAUGGACAGCAGUCUCUAAGCCAAUGGGAUAAUUUGAAAGAUCUAAGUCAGCAAUCACAAGGCAAUCGGGAUUUACAAAAUGUCGAACAGCAAUCACAAAAUAAUUGGGAGCAGCAAAAUGUUGGUCAACAAUCACAAAAUAAUUGGGGACAGCAGAAUGUUGGCCAGCAAUCUGAGAACCAUUGGGAGAAUUUGGGUCAACAAACGCAAAGUAAUUGGGAUCAGCAAAAUGUUGAACAGCAAAAAACACAAGACCAGGCUAAUAAUUUAGAGAAUUUAAAUCAAUCACAAAGCAAUUGGGAGCAGUUAACUGCGGGACAGCAAACAGAUAGUCACACUAGUGCUUUCGAGAAUCUUGGUCAAAUAUCACAAAACAAUUGGGAUCAGCAAAAUUUAGGACAACAAACUAAUAUCAAUUGGGAUAAGAUAGAAACGUUGGAUCAACAAUCAAAUAGUAACUGGGAUCAGCAAAAUGUUGUACAGCAACCUAACGACAGUUGGGACAAGUUAGAAAAGUUAAAUCAACAAUCACUAACGAAAUCAGAAGAAGUAGGACAACAUUUACUCAACCAACAUACUUGGAACAAGUUUGAAGAUAUUAGAUCGGCUAAUCAAAAAAAUGACAAUUCUGAUAUUUUUGGGCAACAUGCUCGAAAUGUUCUGGAACAGCAAAAUCAAGAUUUGGAAUAUGAGUUAAGCUAUAAACCUCAACAUGACCUUUAUGCACAAUUUGCUCACACAUCAGAAGUUAUACCAAAAGAUACGAAUUUGCAAUAUUCAGAAUCAGAGAAAGAAAAGGAACUUGGGAAAAAAAUUAAUAUCAUAUGGGACAAAUUUAACAGUAUGGAUGUUGACAAUGUUAAAGUAAACUUUAGCCACAUACAAAAUAACACAAAAAAUAAUACAGAAAUUCAAAUACAUGAAAAUGAUGAUGACUUUUUAUCUCAAAACGAAUCACAUUUUUACAAAGAUAUCAUUAAUGAUAAUAUUGACAUCGCGCUUCAUCAAAAAGAAUCCAAUGACAAUUCAGAUUACAGCUACAGUAACGGAUUUGUGAACCCAUUCUUUAAUCAAUAUCAUAAAAAUCAACUUUCUCACUACGAUAGUACGUUUUCAGAAAAUAAUGGUGCUUUUGAAACUAACAAUUGGAACUCACAUUUACAUUCGUACAGUAAUUCAGACUAUGAUUUGCAAAAUGUUAAUAAUUCUCACAUCAAUAUUCAAGAUACUUCAUUAACAAGUUUGUGGUCUAAAUUCGAGAAAAUUGAUUCAGGUCUAUCUUCAGAAAUGAAUCACACUAAUACAUUCUUAACAAAAAUUGAAAAAGAAAGCAAUUUAACGUCAAUAGAUGCAAACGGGAACAGUACGAUAGUAAACCAACCAUGGUACGUCCGAGAUCCUCAAGAAACCGAAAGCAGCACUGCUUCAGAAAGACUGGAAAAUAAAGGUUCACUUAGUGAUAAAAUCGACCCAAAAGAUCUACAACCAUUAUACGACGACAAACCUGAGACACCCCAAGACAUUGGCCGUGGUGACAUCGAGCCGGAGGAAAUUAUAGAUAUCGAUGAAUCUAAGAAACGGUACAAAAAUAAAAGUAGCGUUGUAUCACAGAAUACAUUCGUCAGUCCUGUUGAACACGACAAUGAUGAAAAAAAAGUUGACCAAAAUAAUAACAUAUACAGAGAAAACGAGCUACUGGAUGACAAACUAGCGGUGUUGAGCAUACAACAACAAAAAAACGAAAACAUACAUGUUCAUUUGAAUAAAAGUGAGUUGACCAAUAACAUGCUACAAACAAUUUCACAACAGAAUAAAAAUGUAAAUCAAAAAGAAUACAAUACAGACCUACAAAACGUCAAGAUCAACGAAACAGUUCAUCAAAAUGUCAUCAAUCAUGAAGUAGAAUUGCAAAAUAGUCCAAAUUUUGAACAAGAAAGUGUAAACGUGGAGCAAGAGAACUUAUACAACUUUGGGCAAGAAGAUUUACAAGUUUUUGCACAGCAAACUGAAAAUGUAGAAAACCAAUACUUACAUAACUUUCAAGAAACUUUACCAGACUUUAAACAAGGUAAUGAGAACUCAGAACAACAGAAUUCAUAUAACUUUGGUCAAGAACAGCUACUGGAGGCUACAAGAAAAAAUAUAGAACAUCAGAGUUUUCAUAAUUUUGGUCAAGAACAGACUACAAAAAAAUAUAUAGAACAACAUAAUUCACAUAAUUUUGGUCGAGAACAAGGACUAGAGGCUACAGGAAAAAAUAUAGAACAACAGAAUUCAUAUAACUUUGAUCAAAACCUAACAAUACUAUACAAUGCUACACAAAAAAAUAAAAAUACAGAGCAAGAAACUGUUGGAUCAGAAAAUAAGCUGAUUUUCGAAAAAGAACAAAGAAACCACAGUCAACAAGAUUUCGAUCUGCAUAAAGAAAAUAAUCAUAACAAUACUCAAAAACAAAUCGAAAAUCGUGAGCAACAAAACUUAAGAAGUAACGACACGAUUGGCUUCAAUAAUGCUCAAACACAACAUGUACAACUCGAUAAUCAUCAUUAUGAACAGAUAACACCAACAAAUUUACCUCGUGUACAGAAAAGUGUUGGUAGCAUAGAAGUUGAAAGUAGUCUGAACAAGAAUCAAGAAGAUUUACUGUAUGUGCAACAAAACAUACAAGAUUUAGGAGGGCAAAGUGAACACAUGCCUCUUGAGCAGAUUGUUGAGCACAAUUAUGCUGUUGAUUAUGAACCAAAUAUUGCUAGCUUUGAACAAGAAUUUGAACAGGAUCUUGGACAACAACAUCAAACUUCCAAUGGCUUUUUUAAUAAAUUUGAACAGCAAAGCCAAAAUUUAGCAGUCAUACAACAGAACACACAACAGAGUAUUAUUAAAAGUAACCCAACCACUACCAGUACACAAAGGACAAUCAUUAGUGCACAAAAAACAGAAAAAGUAACUGAAAAACCCAGUUUCUGGAGGUCUGUAGGUAAUAAAAUUUCAAGUGCAAAAGAUAAAGUAGUUACAUGGUUCAGAAGUAAAAACUAA